AUACCGUCAAGCCGCAGGAAAAGCACUUUUAAACAGUAUAGCAAGCUGAUCGAUAGAACAUUGUCUUAAAAGUUUCAUAUAAUUUGAUACCAAACGUCAGAGAUUCUAAAAAAUGAAACUUUACUAUGUUUUAUUUUCCUUUGCCUUUGCAAAUAUAUUGGCAGAAACUAUAGAUACUUAUAAGAUGGAAGUUGUCAUUACUAACGAACUUAUCAGGCAAGCUGAUCAAGUAAAUGGUAUUCCGGAUGUAAUAAGAAGAAUUUUCGAUGAAAAUAGCCAUUAUUUAAUAGAGGAUUUAGUUUAUAUGUGGACUGUACCGGAUCAAGCAGCCAUUACGGCCAAAAAAUUAUCUAGCUCUAGUCAAAAUCAAAUUCCAGUUAUAAAUCUUGAUCCACCCCAAAUAGGAUCUAGUCAAAUUCCAGAUCUAAAUCUUGAACCACCCGAAGAAAUAGACUGUAGUCAAAUUCAAAUUCCAGUUCUAAAUCUUGAUCCACCCAAAAUAGCGGCCGAAAAUAUAGAAAAGUGCAUAGAAUAUGAGCAUACUUUACAAAAGGCAAUAGUCAAGAGCAUUGCUUGUAUCGAGUCGAAGCCUGCUGCUGAAACCCUAGAGGAUGAAAUCAAAAGAGCUGAUUUGAAGGCUGAUAGUCUUACAAGAAGGCUAAUGGUUAAAAAACAUUUUAGUUAUUUAAUAAAUCAUGCUACAGAUCCUCGUCAUAAAUCCAGUCUUAUUGAAAGAUGUUAUUUAAUUGCAAUAUUCAGAACUUCAUUGCUUGGACCCAAACAAUCAAAAAAUUUUAUCAAAUUUGCAAGACUUCACCCCCAUGAUAAUUGUUGCAUAAUUACUUCUGCAAAAAAUGAUAUUACUUUCUACCCAAUGAAAAUGACUGACGUAAAAUAAUAUUUUCUAGACAGUUAUGAUAUAAGACUUGAAAUGAUAGAACCCUGAUUUCUGUAAGCUCAGCAUUAUACUUAUUAUUUAAUUUAAAUUAACUAUUUUUAUGAAUAAUAAAUACUAUAGAUAAUACAGAAUGUUAUUUUCAUUAUAUUUAAAUUUUAUUUA